CUCAAUAUGUAGUCGUACUUCCACCCAUCUCCUCAACCCCAAAAAGAUGCCCUCCCAAACCCUCGACCUCCUAAUCCUCGGCGCAGGCUGGACCUCAACUUUCUUAAUCCCCCUCCUAAAAUCCCAAAACCUAACCUUCGCCGCCACAACCCGCGACGGCCGCAACAAAACCCUAAAAUGGUCCUUCGACCCCAUCAACCCAUCCUUCACCUCUCUCCCCAAAGCCCACAACAUCCUAAUAACAUUCCCCCUAACCGGAACCUCCCAAUCCAAAAUUUUAGUCUCAGGUUACACCUCCCACCACAAAACCUCCCCCUCCUCACAUCUCUUCAUCCAACUGGGUUCCACAGGAAUAUACCAAAUCCCUCAACCGUCACAUUGGACGUCAAGAUCUUCAAAUUACGAUAAAACGAACGCGCGUGCGAUUGCAGAAGAUGAAAUUUUGUCAUUAAACCACUGCGUGUUGAAUUUAUCAGGUUUAUGGGGCGGAGAUCGAGAUCCACGGACUUGGGUUUCGAGGGUAGCGAAGACGAAAGCUGAAGUGAAGGGGAAGAAGAGUGUGCAUUUGAUUCAUGGAGUUGAUGUUGCGAGGGGGAUAGUUGCGACGAUGGGGAAGUGGGAGAAGGCGAAGGGGCAGAGGUUUUUGGUGACGGAUGGGGUGGUUUAUGAUUGGUGGGAGUUGUUUGUUGGGUGGGCGGAGGGGAGGGAGGAGGGUGAGGGGCCGAGUGAACAGGCGGAAUGGGUUUACGAGUUGAUGUGGGAAGAGGGUGUUAGGGCUUUGCCGAGGAGUAUGGAUGCUCUUGGGAGGUGUUAUGAUUCGAGGGAGUUUUGGAGGACGUUUGGGUUGGUGCCUUUGAAGGCUAGGAUUACAUACAGAAAGUAGGUCCUCUGAAGUCGACUGAUGUGCUGUUUCAAUCUAUGCAUGUAUAUACGACCCACUAUCUAUCUCGCACUGCUUCGAAAGGGUAUCAUCCAAACAUCAUCAAAUCAUGUUAACACGUUACGCAUACGCAUACUCAUGCCUUCCAACUCAUACACGGAAACCUCCAUCCACGUUCCCCCUCCUCGCUCGAAACGUCCGACUCAUCAAUAGGCAGCCGAUUCUCCUCAUCUAUAGCAUCGUCACCCAUCGCCAUACGUCUAAAUUUCUCUCGAAUCCGCGGAUCACGUUCCAUCUCUUGCACAAGCUCCAACUCCAAAUCCUCAGCAUUGGUAUUUUGAUUCCGAUAAGUCUUUGUGAAUUUCCAAGGCGGCCAGAGUCUAGCCGCGAUGAGAUUCCUUUUACUAGCACCAUAAGCCAACUCCAUCGUGACCAGAACAGCGAAAGCGAUGACGAGUGUAGCCCACCAAUUCGGAUCUCGACCAAAGACGUACUGGAAUCCGCCUUUGACGUCGUAUGGCGAGAGGUUGUUGCCGUAGAUUGCGCUCAUGAAGCCGUUCCAAGCGAACCACCCGCCGACAGUAAUGAGGAAGGAGCCGAAGACGAUUAAGGUCUUGUAGUGAGUUUCGAUCAUGAAGAGCUUCCAAUUUGUCCAGACGAUGCCAAGUGUGAAGCACGCAUCGCCUAGGGCAAAGAGUCCUGUGUCGCCCAUGAUAUUGUACUUUCCGUAAUUGGCCCAGCAUAUGAACCACACUACCAACCCGUUAACGGUCGCAUGAAGCAUCCAGCCAACAUACAUGGUGAGGUUGAGUCCUUGGUUCCUCUGGCCAUACACGUAUAGCUCUGGGAUGGCGAGAAGAGUUUCUGGUCGUAGAUCCUGCUCAAAGAUGCCCGGAACGAUGACGCACAAGCUAGUAAAUAAGGUGUUCAGAACGGUGAGCGACCAUUGCUCAUACAGUGACGUGCCCGUAUAUCCGUUGUAUCUCUGAAACAAAGCUUGCAUCAUGUAGAAGAACAUCUCUUUCCAGAACGUGAGGAGGACGAAUUUUGCAGUCCGCACAUACUGAUAUCGCCCGUGGACCAGGAGCAGUCUCUGUAGGAACCGGAAUUGAGCGAUGCUAUAGUCCGCAACACGCGCCGCUUGCAGACCUUCUUUUCCAGAAAUGCCGACACCAACAUGCGCGGCUUGAAUCAUGGCAAUGUCAUUGGCUCCAUCGCCGAUCGCUAAAGUCAAGCCAGGCAAGCGAGCACGAAUGCCUUUGACGAUGUCGGCCUUUUGCGAUGGGGAUGCGCGACAAACGAUGGCAGAGUCAACAUUGGCAAUGAGAGUCGUGAAGAAGAGCUGCGUGAGCUGCUGAUCCGCUUGCACCACACCAAGUGAGUGUCCAUCGAUGACAAUGACUCUGUGAGUGUCUCCAUCAUGUACGAUCUCAGUCAUCUGGCCAUGGAGGUCGCCUUUGGUAGAGUCCAAGAUGUAGAUGAGCGACGCCGGUUGACA